AGGCAACAAGAGGUUAGGCUUGAGAAGCAGGAUACCGUCUUGAGGUGGCUUUACAGAUUCUUUAUUCCCCUACUUUGCCUCUUCUCCCCCAUCACCUUCAUCACAGUUGUCCGAAGGAAGACAGGGCAGUGCAGGGCGUCUGGCGGGAAGAUGCCAGACUCCCAUUAUUUACAUCUAUGAGAGUCAAUGAAAAGAGCUGAGCAGCCUCAGUCCCCAGGGGCUGGCUGCCCUUCCGGAAGCCUGCAGGAGGACAGAGCCAUGCUGGCCCCUAAAUAGCUCCCGCUCCCCAUGUUCUUCAAACAAGCAUAUGCUUGGAAAACGACUGGUCUGCAAAUAGCCGUAUCAUACCAGCUGUAGACGGCUCCAGUCAGAGAGAGCAAGCCAGGUCCCAGUUGAUAAAGAGCUGCUUUCAGCUGGACUUGUCACCCCCAAACGCAUAGGAACCAUCUUGCUGCCUCUGAAUUAAAAUGAUUCUUCCCAGAACGGAGAAGAUGAUGAUGAAGAUAUUGAUCGUGUUUGUGCUUGGAAUGAACUACCCUUCUUGUGCAGGUUUCCCGGUGUAUGACUAUGACUCGUCCUCCUUGAGGGAAGCCCUCCGUGCGUCCGUGGCAAAAGUGAAUUCCCAGUCCCUGAGCCCGUAUCUGUUUCGGGCGUUCAGAAGCUCUGUAAAAAGAGUCAACGUUCUGGAUCAGGACAGCUUGAACAUGGACUUAGAGUUUGGCAUUCGGGAGACAACAUGCAGGAGAGAUUCUGGAAAAGACCCCGCUACCUGUGACUUCCAAAGGGUCUACUACAUGCCCUCAGCUAUUUGCAGAAGCACGGUGCGGUUGUCUGCCGAGCAGGUGCAGGACGUGUGGGUUCGCUGCCGCUGGUCCUCCAGCUCUGAGUCUAACAGCAGCGAAGAGAUGUUUUUGGGGGACAUAUUGGGAUCCUCUAGAUGGAGAAACAACUACCCACUUGAGAGCCUGAGAGGGAUCUUCCCUCCUGGGAAUCGAGGGGACCCGAACAAGUGGCGCAGACUUCAAGAAUAAAUGCUGGCUUUGAGUAAUGGCCUCAAGCAAAAUGCAUCGGGAAGAAUAGAAGUGCCAGUGAAGAAAGAUACUUUAUGAAUUGUGUGAUUUUUCUUUUGAUCGGUUCCAGUCCUUAAUAAAUGCUUUACUCUUCCUCUUUUUUCAUUGCCUGAUUAAAUAAAAAAAAGGUAUAACUAUCAAAUUUUUAGAUAAGAAGCAAUGACAUGAGGAGAUUAAUAUUACCUAAGGAUUUUAGGAGCUAAGAACUCACAAAGUGGCCAUGCUUAGCAUAAUGAUGUCAAAUGCAUGUUUUAGAUCAACAUGCAAUGAUUGUAAAUUCCUUAUUUUUAAAAAGACUAUCAGUCCAGACAGCUUGGUGUCAAGAGUGUCUUUCCUUUUGUGACUUAUUUUAAUUAAAAAAUAAUAAAUCAUCUGGUGAAUUAGGGAUGAAAGGCAGUCGCCUCCCCAUCACCAAAAUGUCUCUGUGGAUUCUUUUUCUCUAGACUUCUCAGUCCAGGGCAUCAAUAUAGCAAAGCCAGCUUUCUGUCAAAACAGAUAUUGCCAAGAAAGUACCCAAGGACAGAGGUCUGUGUUCCCAGGCCGCUUGGCAAAUGCCUCAGUUAGGGGACGCUCUUGGAGCCUGGCCCUUCUGCAGCAGGUCCUGGGAGGAUUAUAGGAUGUGAGAAUCUACAAAUCCAAUGCAGUCCCUUUCCGGCAAGACUGAAACCCUUGUCAGAUCCCCCUGGCUUUCCACGAAGACGUCACAAGCUCCUGAAAACUAUUUCCUGAAUGGAUGAUACACUAAAGACGUUAUUGGUUAUUUGCACCUUCAUUUACAGGGUGCUGGGUAUUAAAGAGGGCACUUGUGAUGAGUACUGGGUGUUAUACACAACUAAUGAUUUAUUGAAUACUACAUCAAAAACUAAUGAUGUACUAUACAAUGGCUAACUGAACAUAAUAAAAAAAUAAAAAUAUAUAUAUAUAAAAAGGAGUGGACUGCUUACUCCUCCUCCCGUAGCAAACUGCCCCACUUCCUACAGCUUCUCAGCAUCUGCUGAGGCUAGAAAGUGCCUUGCCCCCCAUCUUCUCUAUUUUUCCUGGAUAUUCUCAUAUGCUUAUUUUAUUUCCACUUUAAGAUCAGCAUGUCAAGGCAUGAAAAAAAAUUCUGUUGGUAUUUGAAAUCAAUUACACCAAGGUUCCAUGG